UCAUCGGCAGAAGAACUGAACACACUUUGAUACACAGUUUUUCUUAUUUUAAAGGAUUUCUUCACAACUUUCCGGUUCCUUAACCUCCAGCUUAGCUUCUAGAUCUAAUCUCAUUUCUUUGAACCAGCAUCCAUCGUCUCUUACUUUCACUGAUAUUGGACAACAUCUCACAUGGCAGGUUUUCAGACCACUCCAUGGAGGUUGAUUUCUGGAGUUUUAGGAGUAAUAUGCCUUUUGUUGAUGGCAGCUUUGGGAGUUUUGUUGAAAAAUUCACUUACUAAACAAAGUGUUCAGCUUGGACCCUCCACAGAACUCGGUGAAGAAUCUGGCUGCUAUUCUUGCCAAGAAAAGUGGAUUGGCUACCAAUGCAACUGUUAUUUCAUUUCUAAUGAAUUAAAAACAUGGAAAGACAGUAGGGAUUUUUGUGUUUCUCAUAAUUCCAGUCUACUUCAGAUACAAACCAGAAAUGAACUGGCAAGUAUUUAA